AGCGGAAAGAGUGCUGGGUCUACUGUGGUUGUCGGAAGAUGUCUUGGCUUUCGUAGUUGAGCUGCAGUUAGACGAGUUCUCUCCGGCGAAGCGGAGUGUUAUAAGCUUGUUCGACUCCCACGGGCUGCUAUCACACAUUACUGUUAAAGCACAGACUAACAGACAUAACACUAUGAGGGAAUUUCCUUAAAAAAUAUCGAUCCGGCUAUUUUCCCAGUACGCUAGCUUCACAGGCCCAAACACUCAUUUGCUGGUGGGUUACUCCUCAGGCUUGGGAACAAUUUUUCGCUAGUAGUCUAUCCCCCAUAUGCUUGUUCAUAUGUCAGUAGCGCCAUAAUUUCAAAAGCGGCCACAGUCCCAACCACAAAUAUAUUUAAAAUGACCGUUAAAGUGUGCGAAGCAUUAUUUUCGAGUGUUAUGUCUGUUAGUCUGUGGUUCAAGUUCGAAUGGUUAUCCAGGACACUUGGCGCAGUAAAGCGAGUCGGAUGCGCUGGCAAAGAUGGAUCACACUGUUGCAGUCUGAGAAUACCAUACGUUUCCUAUUUGUCGUCAAAUAAUGUGGACUGACAUAGAAACAACCCUGGCUUGGGUUCAGUCCCAACAUUUCCGUUACAGACAAUUCGUAGCCUUCAGAGUAAGGGAGAUCCUGAGCAAGACGGAAGCAAUCGAGUGAAGCUAGCACCUUCACACAAUGUAGCCGAUGAAGCCACAAUGAGGGGAAAGGUCCCAAUAUAGAUCCAUGUGUGUUAGUUUCGCGUUCCUGAUUUCCUAUACUUGCCGGAAUCGGAGAAAUUUCUCCAAAUGGGGCGUCUGCUGAGAGCGGUAGCUUAUGUCCAUCGCUUCGCAGAUACCUGCCGUGGUUGGAUCCAUAAGCAGCCCCACUGGUGGCGGAUACCUGGAACAAGAGAAACUGUAGAGGGCGGAGCACAGCCUCUGGCCUUUAAUGCAAGCCCCAGUAUACUCGGACGAAGUAGCGGUGCUUAAGUAUCGAAACGAGAAUUCCAAACGGAACAUCGAGAAAACAAGUCCCGUUUACAAACUGACACCAUUUCUAGACGAGCAUAGUGUGAUGCAGGUCUACAGUAGUAUCGGCGUCGUUUCCUAUGUUACGUACGAUUUCAGGUUCCCGACCAUCUAAUCAUGUGACCAACCGUUGACGGAGUAGCUCGUUGGAUGGUACAAUCGCCGAUAUUUACACGUCAACCACGCGAUGGUGCGCAACAAAAUUAUACAACGUUGCCACGUUUCUUAUCUUCACAUAGUGGUUAGAAAAAUAGCGAAAAAUUGUCAAGUUUACUAGGUUUUGGGGGCUGCACCAGCUGUUCCAAGGAUGGCACUCUCUGCCAUAGUCUCAUCUCGCUGCUCGUCCAUUCUUUUAUGUCGGUUUAUACUAUUUCGAACCCUAUUUACGUUCCUCACAGUGGGCGUCAUACAUCUGGAAGUUGUCCAUUCACUAACUAUGGAGUCCUGUAAGAUGGCCGUUCGUCGGUUUGUAGCAUGCUGUAGAUCACCAAUCGGAAUCAGCUCUAACAACGGGACUGCUUUCCGGGGAGCGCGCAGGGGAAACAAGGAAAGAAAUCGAUGCGAUCGGAAAGCAGUCAGCGGAGAUUUUCAUCAAUUCGACCGCCAAGUGGAUUUUCAAUCCACCAUCCGCUCCCCAUUUGGGAGCGUCUCGUGAGGUUGGUCAAGGCGGCUCUAGGAUCAAUGACCGUCGAACAGAUCCUGGAAGAGAAAACCGUCGUCGCGGAGGCCGAAUCUAUAGUAAAUUCUAGUCCGUUAACCACAAUUCUACUGGAGAACCCAAAUCACCUAAUCACUUCAUACUCCUAAACUUGAUUGGGAUUGCACAGCCUCCCAGAGUCCGAGACACUGAAGAUCACUCGUACAAAUUUUAACAUGGGCAGACAACUACUUAACCAGUUUUUGAGAUGGUGGAUCAGAGUACCUCCCAACCAUCGCGAACAGAAACACAUGGUUCGGAGCAGUAGAGCCGGUGAAGGUGAAUGACUUGGUCGUGAUCGAAUUGGUUAUGGAAUUUGCGUUUCGAUUUCGUCUCACCAGAAUCCGACACCAACUUAGCCGGAUUGACGCUAGCUCCAAAAACCGGAGACACAAUUUGUGUUCCUGAGCAAACUGCUAGUCAAGCGUGAUGUUCCGCAAAAAAGGAGCUCAUUUUAAGCUGAUAAAACUUAUGUAAUCGAAACAUUUGGUUUGGCUUAGCAAGCCAUUGUGGUAAAAACUACGAAACGCGUGAAGUGCACAAAACCUAUAACUAAAUUAGUUAUUCAAUUUGCGUUUCGACUUCGUUUCACGAAAUGUUUCAUUUUAAAUAAAUGCUAAUACGUCGCGUGUUUCAUUCGUCCACAGAACUUGUUUCGACCUGGGACGAGACUCGUGGAAAAUGUUCAUUUUUAUUUUUUUCCCGAUCAUUUGGUUUUUCGUCUCGCUCUAGCUCACAUAUUUUUAACGAAUUGGCUGCAUUAAUCAGUUUCUCAUGGCUGCAUUUGACGUUAAGUUUUUUUUGUAUCCGCGAGUCUCGUCCCGCGUUUAGGCCACCGUCAAUCGCGAACGGUUUGGUAGGCUAUCAGUUCCUGUAGCUUGAACAGUGAAAUUUUCUUUACAACCAUGAUCAUCACCAUAUAUGUACGAUUGUUAUGAAAAACUUAUGCUGCAUUUCCUGAAGUAACACGAUCGUUACGUGCUGUUUUGGCUGGGUUUGGCAUACUACCGUCAUGAAAAAGGGCAUGUAGUGACAUGCCUCCAAUAAUGUUCAAAUGGUGCCAGAAAUAAGAACACUUCAGAGCAUCAUUUUUUUCAUAAACAGUGACAUUUAAUGUUAAUUUACUGUAUCGUUAUCUGUUGGACACUAAAAUUAAUUGUUGCGUGAUGUUUUAUUAUGAAUCUAUUAGAAAAACUCUACCUUGAGCAAUGUAAAAACAAUAAUUUAAUAUCUGUUAUUCAAUUUUUGUUUGUAGGGUAAAUGCAAUUGUUAAUUUCUAUUCGGGUUUACACUCCGAAUGAAAUUUUUGUAAACUAUUAUUUCGACGAGUUACGAUUCGGGUUAGUAAUAGCGACCCGCGCAUACCCCUCGUUUAAUUGUUGACUUUAUGAAAAUUUUGCCCCUUCUUCUAAACAACGCCCUUGAAAAUUAAAAAGAUUUCUGUUUUGACGUUUGCAUGAGAAAACAAAAAUUUUUCGCGAGUGUGCUGUUUAGUCUGGAAAUUGUUUUUUGCAAAGUUUAUUAGAUUUUCUGGUAAUUACUGUUCAAUCCCAGCGUUUAUCGUAAGCUUAUCAGUAUGGCUACCAAUCCUGCAGAAGAACUGGAACUUCUUGAGCGUGUUCUGCUCCGGCUCGGUUGUGCCGAUACAGACGAACAACUGCAGAACACGGUGACCAAGUUUCUGACACCGGUUCUAAUCAAGAUUACGUCACCGCACGAAGGAGUACGCAAGAAGGUGAUGGAGAUCCUGACGCACAUCAACAAGCGACUGAAAUCUCGGAACCAGAUUCAGAUUCCACUGGGUCCGCUACUGCAGCACUACCAGCAGUCUAGUUCGUCAUUUCUGAUUAAUUUCGCAAUCAUCUACAUCACGAUGGGUUUUCCAAGAUUAACAAUCGAAGAGCAGACUGAAAUGGCUCCGCUACUCAUGAACUGUCUGGAGGGUAAACCUGAGCCUCAUCAAGACAAAAUAUUGAUGUUGGUUCUCCCGCUACUGGGGGAAAUAAAAAUCCCCGAGAAUCCGGAAAAUCGCUCAGAGCUGCUGGGAUUAUCCGGGAAGCCGCAUACCAAGCAGCAGUUUCUUUCGAUUCUCAUGGAUGUCCUGCUUCUCCCAUAUGGAACAACCCAAGACGGCGAAGUUCCACCCGGGAUGAGCACAUACACCUUCAAGCGAGUAACCAGUGAACACCUGAAGGCGGAGGAACUGGAGCAACUGAAAAAAGGCAUCGUUCGUUUGUUGUGUGGCGGAAUUUUCCCUGAACCCGAAACGUUAACUCAUUUAAUCGUGGCUUCCGCGGACACCAGGUUCUCGGUUGCAACGCCGGCCAUCGUGGAACUGAACAAAAUAUCCUCAUCAUUGGACUGGACCGAUCCGAAGCUGUCAGCACCGAUCUACACCUUGUUUUCCGGCAACGGUUCCAAAAUUCCAGAUCGUAAAACUAGUCCCGUUAGCACCCGUGUGCGACAAAAACUUUUCCAACAUUUACUAAAAUGUCGCGGUAAUGGAAUCAUCACUGCCAAAGGCAUCCAGGUCAUUUUUGAAGCACUGUUCGGAGAGAAUACUAAUCAGAAGUGUAAAAUUCUGGCGCUGCAGUUUGCUGAUAAAUUGAUCACAAAUGGUCAACCGGAUCUUAUUAACAAACUAUCCAAAGUACUUCUGACUGGCAUUUCAAAACUGAUCGGAAAAGGUUCCGAGGAAGCCAAUGAGGUGCAAAACGCGGCUUACAAUGCACUGGCUCAACUGGCUAUCGUUUGUCCAACGACCGUAAAUAACGAUGUCCAACUGGUUGCUUCCUAUUUUGACCAUCUAUCACAGGGACCGGUUGAAUUGCAUACGCCGAUACGAGACGCCUUGGUAGCGUUGGCUCAGGCUUUCGACUGGAGGAAGCAACCGAAGGCUACUGGUGAUACCGUAUUGCCCAAGGGGGAAAAGGACACCGUUAUGACUGCCAGAGGACGAUUCGUUCCGAAUUCCAAUCAGAUUCUGCUGCUGGGGCUGUUGGGCGAGAAGGCGGAAUCCAAGUUGACAAUCGUUCAGAAUGUGGCCUCGGUGUUUCUGACCACGUGUUUCCCAGAUUAUUAUGUUCCGUCGAGGUAUUUGCUGUUGAUCAUCUGUGGAGAAAGUGCUCAGUUGAAGGAAAUGAUGACUACCUAUUUGUAUGGAGUUUCCAAGAAAGAUCACCUGAACUAUGGGUCAAUUCUAUCUUUUGACAACUAUAAAGAAGAACCAACGGAGAAGGAACAGCCUAAAAAUCCUUUCUCGGCUACUAAUGAACCUAAACGGAUUGUGCUUCCGUGUUUCAAGGAUAUGGUGGAGUAUGUUGCUAUGAAAUCCGAACGGAAGACAGCGACGAUCAUUGAUCGGCCAGGCUACGGAAAAGUUAAGCUUCCCUAUAGUUUCGAUACCUACAUCGAAAUUUUGGAUUACCUUCGGGUCUGCCUGCUGUUCAAUGCUGGAGUCAACACUCACCCCGACGAAGAUAAGGAAAUGCUCAAAUUGACAGCCUUUCUGAAGAAGUUCGUUGCUGAGAGCGGAAAUGAGGAUGUUAUUCGGAAGUACAACGACCUUAUUCGAAGGUUGAUUAUUGUUAGAAAAGGGAUUACCGAGCUAACCUGUUUGUUCGAUUUGGUCAACAGUAUUCCGGAAGUGUUAGCGAAAGAAAACAAAGAUCUGCUUCAUACGUUGGGAUCUUCGCUGAAGGAAAUCUCCGAACCGACCAGAGCUCUGAUUGCCAAAGUGUACGGCGUGCUUUUGGCCUACAACAGUGACGAACAGGAGUUGGAGACACAAAUCAAGGAGCUGCUGGCUCUGACCAACAAGUCUCUUGAAAAUCGACAUGGUUCAAUUCUGGCGGCGUCUAAUGCCAUCCAUCGUAAGCUGAUUCUGACUCCUGAACUGCAAAACUGGCAAAUUUUCAAAGAUCUUGUCUCGCUAUUAAUCUCCCUGCUAAACGACCAGCAAUCGAUGCUUCAAUCGGCCUCUAUCAAAAGUCUUAGUUUAAUUGGUUCUACCUCCAAACUACCACUCAGCUCGGAACCGACACCGGAAGGUACCGAGAAAAUGGAAACUAAUCAAGGCGAUGUAAACACGAAAGCUACUUUAUUGAAAGCCCUCAUGACACUACUGCAGAGUGGUCACACCAAGGCUAAAAUUCGAGAGGAUGUCGCCCACUGCUUGGGCUAUCUGGCUGUCGGUGAUGAGGAAUUUUUUGCCAAACGACUGCUUGAGGCUUUUCUGGGGUUGCUGAAGUUGACGAAGGACCCGGCACUGCAUAUCGCCAUGGGACAAGCAUUGGUUUAUACUAUUCAAGGACUUUCGAGUGGAGAGCGACAAGCGGACCAGGAUUCGGUAGGAAAUAUUAACGAUGAAAUGCUGAAUUGGUUCUUGAUAGAAUUAGUGCGAAAGGUGAACGAGCCACAUGCAUAUUUAAAGCAGGCCUGUGCUAUUUGGUUGCUGGCUAUAGUUAAAAAUUGUAGCAAGCGGAAGCCGGUCGAGAACAACAGACAGAUUCUGCAGCUGGCGUUUACUGAUUUGCUAUCCGAGGAUAAUGAACUGGUUCAGGAUGUAGCAUCGCGUGGUUUAGGAAUAGUUUACUCAAUUUCCACCAAUGAUAAUCAGGAAGAACUAUCGAAUUUGUUGUUGGACCAGCUGGUUGGUGGUAGACGACAGGUGCAGAAAGUAACGGAAGACACUAAGCUCUUCGAGGAAGGCGUACUGGGGAAGGCUCCGAGUGGCGGAAACCUGACCACCUACAAGGAACUGUGCAGUCUCGCUUCGGACCUAAACCAACCGGAAAUGAUCUACCAGUUCAUGCAGCUGGCAAACCACAACGCCACUUGGAACAGCAAACUGGGUGCCGCCUUCGGGCUGCAAUCGAUCUCCAAAUCAGCCAAACUGAAGAUGGAACCAUACCUGGGGAAGAUCGUACCCCGGCUGUUUCGCUACAAGUACGACCCGACGCCGAAGAUUCAGAACUCGAUGAUCAGCAUCUGGGAUUCGGUGGUCAGUGAUUCCAAGACGACGGUGGAAGCUUACUAUUGGGAGAUUUUGGAUGAUGUCAGUAAAAAUUUGACCUCACCGGAGUGGAGAACGCGCAUUGCGUGCUGUUUAGCGGUACGGGAUUUGAUCAAACGGAAUGCUGGUUUGAAACUCCGUUCGGAUGAAAUGGCAAAUAAGAAUGACGAGGGUGUGGAACGAAUGGAAGUGGACGAGAAAGCGGUUCCGGAGCCAGAGUUGGUUUUCCUGUGGAAUCAGUUGUUUCGGGUGAUGGACGAUAUUCACGAGGGGACUCGUUUGGCUGCCGAAGGAACGGCAAGUGCACUGAGUAAGGUUUGUGUUGCUGCGGCAUCCAGUGAUCGUAGCAAAUCCGGAUUGAAUGUUUCGGCUUCGAUCAUACCGCUGUUUCUGGAGACCGGUGUAACGAAUACGGUGGCGGAGAUUCGAAAGCUCAGCAUUAAGACGCUUUCGGAUUUGAUUGACUGGGCGGGGUCGUUGAUUUUGCCCCAUUUGACCAGUUUGGUGCCGUGUUUACUGCGUGCUACCGGGGAACUGGACUCCGCUAAGUUAUCCUAUUUAUCAACGAUGAUGGCCGGUCAGACUGGCACACAGGAGGUGGUAGAUUCAAUGAGAGCGGAAGCAGCCAAGCAACAUUAUACGAUGGAAACCUUGACCAAAUGUAUUAGACACAUCGAUUAUGCCACCCUGGAGAAGAUGACUCCAGCAGUUCUGGAUGUAUUGAAGACUGGUGUCAAUCUGGGUACGAAGGUGGCCUGUGCUCACUUUGUAUGCUUGAUUAGCAUUCAACUGGGAUCUGAAAUGCAGCCUCUAACAAGUAAAUAUUUGGGCUCUUGCUUCACUGGUCUAUCCGAUAGAAAUGCGACUGUCAGGAAAUAUUUUGCAUCUGCCAUCGGUCACCUGAUGGGAACGGCAAAAGAACAGUCGAUCGUUCGUUUGUUCGCCAAACUUCAGGAGCUUUACUUUGAACAGCAAUCGAACCGAGCUGUUCCGUUGACCAUCCAGGCGAUCAACAAGCGCCAUCAGGAGAUCCUCAAAGACUACUCCUCCAACGUUCUACCGUUGAUGUUCUAUGCAAUGCACGAAGAGGUAACAGAGGAUAAUAAAUCCACCAACGAACUGUGGCAAGAGCUUUGGCACGAGAUAAACACGGGAGAUGCUGGCUUGCGUAUGAAUUUGCCAGCGAUUCUGGAGAUUUUGGAGGGUAAACUGAAUGAUCCUUCGUGGUUGCUGAAAGCACAGGCAGGAAAUGCAAUCAGUACCUUGGCCACUAAACUCAGCAGCAACCUGGAUGACGAGGUACGACAUAAGCUGAUCGAUUUGAUUUUGACCAACGUAACUGGGAGAACCUUCCACGGUAAAGAGAAACUGUUGCAAGCUCUGGCAAGUUUAUGUAAGAAUUUGAAAAAAGAUACCAACCAUUAUACUCGAAUAAUCGAUGCCGUGAUGAAGGAGUGUCGAAAGGAGGAACCGGUCUAUCGGACACAUGCACUCAAAUCACUGGGAAAUAUCCUGGAUGAGCUGAAGGAAGACCGGUUUGAAGAAGUAUACAACAUGGUUUGGCAUUUACUCGAUAAGCAGGAUCUUUCGGAUGGCGAUAAAGACGACAAGGAGGUAGUUUCAUCGGACGAGAAGAACAAACAGAUGUUGAUUUUUGUCAAUCUCAAGGAGACGGUUUGUGAAACGUUGGGAAAAGCAUGGCCCGAAAAUUCGAUGGAGACGCAGAAUCGCUAUCAGGCGUUGUUUGUUGAAAAGUGUGUGCAAUGUUUGAAGCUGAACACGCGACAAGUUCAAAUUUGCCUGCUGCAAUCGUUGGGCAGAUUUCUGGAAAGGUUGAAUCUGUUUAAAGUGGAGGAAACGGCGGCCCUGGAGGAGAAUAAGGAGAAGAAGGCGAAGGUAGAUUCGGAGAGCGGGGAGAUUCUGGAGAACAUUUGUAAAACCGUUUUAUCGGCAAUCGUUGAAGUCGCAGGAAUUCCCCACACCGGACUAAAGAAGGAAGCUCUCAAUAUUAUGCUAAUUUUGAUUAAUAAGUUGAAGGCAAGGGAUUCGUUGACCAAUGGCCCGGAACUGGUGAUGGUGCGACAGACCUUCGAACAGAUUACAACUCUGCUGCAGAAAGAUGCGGCACCGGAAAUCAAGUGUCGACUGAAGGACAUCGAGGAUAAGCUGAAGUAAGUGUCGUCAAGGGGAAUGACUGAUGGUAAGACUGCUGCUCUUGAAGAGAACUGCGAGCCAGACGUAAGUACUCAUUUCAUAACAGUUCUAUGCUCUCGACUUAACUUCAUUCACAGUAUUGUGAACAUACAAUUGAAUAAAAUACAUUCUUUACAAUCAGA